GUCUGUUCUCAGAGCGAUGGGUCGCAGUGACUGAGCUGCCACCAUGAUCGGGGGCUUGUUCAUCUAUAAUCACAAGGGGGAAGUGCUCAUCUCCAGGGUCUACAGAGAUGACAUCGGGAGGAAUGCCGUGGAUGCCUUCCGGGUCAAUGUUAUUCACGCACGGCAGCAGGUGCGCAGUCCUGUCACAAACAUCGCUCGCACCAGCUUCUUCCAUGUUAAGAGGUCCAACAUCUGGCUGGCAGCAGUCACCAAGCAGAAUGUGAAUGCUGCCAUGGUCUUCGAGUUCCUCUAUAAGAUGUGUGAUGUCAUGGCUGCUUACUUUGGCAAGAUCAGUGAGGAAAACAUCAAGAACAACUUUGUGCUCAUAUACGAGUUGCUGGAUGAGAUUCUGGACUUUGGCUACCCACAGAACUCAGAGACAGGUGCACUGAAAACCUUCAUCACCCAGCAGGGCAUCAAGAGUCAGACAAAAGAGGAGCAGUCCCAGAUCACCAGCCAGGUGACCGGGCAGAUUGGCUGGCGGCGGGAAGGCAUCAAGUAUCGCCGAAAUGAACUCUUCCUAGAUGUUCUGGAGAGUGUAAACUUGCUCAUGUCCCCACAGGGGCAGGUGCUGAGCGCCCAUGUGUCGGGCCGGGUGGUGAUGAAGAGUUACCUGAGUGGCAUGCCUGAGUGCAAGUUUGGAAUGAAUGACAAGAUUGUCAUCGAGAAGCAAGGCAAAGGCACAGCUGAUGAAACAAGCAAGAGCGGGAAGCAGUCCAUAGCCAUUGACGACUGCACCUUCCACCAGUGUGUGCGCCUCAGCAAGUUUGACUCUGAGCGAAGCAUCAGCUUCAUCCCUCCCGACGGAGAGUUUGAACUCAUGAGAUACCGAACUACCAAGGACAUCAUUCUUCCUUUCCGGGUGAUCCCGUUGGUGCGGGAAGUGGGACGCACCAAACUGGAGGUCAAGGUGGUCAUCAAGUCCAACUUCAAGCCCUCACUUCUGGCCCAGAAGAUUGAGGUGAGGAUCCCAACCCCACUGAACACGAGCGGGGUGCAGGUGAUCUGCAUGAAGGGGAAGGCCAAGUACAAGGCCAGCGAGAACGCCAUUGUAUGGAAGAUCAAGCGCAUGGCGGGCAUGAAGGAGUCGCAGAUCAGCGCAGAGAUUGAGCUCCUGCCCACCAACGAUAAGAAGAAAUGGGCACGACCCCCCAUUUCCAUGAAUUUCGAGGUGCCAUUCGCGCCUUCUGGCCUCAAGGUGCGCUACUUGAAGGUCUUCGAGCCGAAGCUGAACUACAGCGACCAUGAUGUCAUCAAAUGGGUGCGAUACAUUGGCCGCAGUGGCAUUUAUGAAACCCGCUGCUAGCUGCAAAGUAGCAGCUGGCCCACCUGCCCACC